CUCUAAGGAAAUUAAUUGGGCCCCGCCGCCCCGGGUUUACCAAACCCGACAAAAUGUUUGUUUUUUUUCCCGCCUUCCCGCCUCUCUAAACGCUUUUGUUUAGAAAGUGAAAGCAUACGAGCUUCUGCUUGCUACUGCAAGGACUUAAUAGCAACUACAGAUGGACACUCCAGAUAAGAGCCGACUUACUGCUACUUCCCUGUCCAAGUUUGAGGAUUCCCCUGUCUUUAAUUACAUCAACUGUCUUUCACCCAUUGAACCAGUUAAGUCCACACACACUGGUCACUCCCUCAACUUGCUGAAUUUUACUUCUCCUUCAUCUGCAUUUGCUUCACCACAGAUCAGUACCUUCAGAGAAUCUAGAGUUUUUCCUAAAAGUAAUCAAUCCCCAGAACCAUUGAAGCCUGAGCUUCCGUUUUCUGGAAAUGAAAUCAAGCCAAGUGAAGGGGAUUCAGAAGUUGCUCAACCAUUUGUUUGUUGUGGACAGCAACUGGGAUGUCUUGCACCAGAGAAUUCAGCUAGAGAAGUUAUUGCUGAGCCACUCAAUGAACCCUUUGGGUUAGCUAUUGAGUUGUCAAAAACAAUGAAAUAUGGUUGUAGUAGCCCAGUCAGUAACCGAGCGUCUCAUGAAGUGAUGGAGAAAAACAAAGAGCUAGAAAUGGCAGGCGGACCAUUUUUUCAAUCCUAUGAAGACUUGACAGGGACUCGCCAUUUUGAACCAAAAAUAAAUUUGCGUAAAAUUCUUAGAAUUCGGCAAAGUGAAGCAGUAGCAGAAAGUGAUUGGAGCUCAUUGAUUACCGAUGUCUCUGAUAUUGUAAACUCUAAUCCGUCAAUUGUUGAGUAUAAUUUUAAGGAACAAGACCAGAGGGCAGUGGAUACUGGAGUGGCGUCUUUCAUCUCAGCAGCCCUACAUCCCCCACAAGAUAAUUCCAAUGAUUUGGAGCAAAAUGUAUCUUCCAGUCCAAGUGGUUCUUGCCAACAAAAUGAUAUAAUGGAAGCCGUAACUCAAACUGUUGAAAUUGGGGAACUGAAGGAUUUGGAUCAGACACCGGAUUUUCUUUCUAGCAGUCUUCUGAAUAAGCUAGUUGUUAGUGAUUCAAUAACAGAAGUGGAUGACAAGGGAGAAAAGUGUGACCUGUCUAGCUGCAAGCAGUUUAAGAUACGAAGGCGAUGCCUGGUUUUUGAGAAGGCAGGGGGUCUUAAAAAGCAAGCUGAAGGUGAGCCUAACUGCAGUUCUUCAAUCCAGUUACAAUCUGAUCAUAAAGUUGCAUGCGGAGGAAAGCAGUUAAUCCCAUGCAAGAGGGAAAGUGAUUGCUCUUCUUCCACAUUACCGGGGCUUGGAUUGCACUUGAAUGCUCUUGCAAGUGCUUCAAAUAUUGGCAAGAUUAUCAAGUGUCAAACUCUACCUUCUGGAAGGCAACUAAUAAGUUUGCCACCCUCCAUUUCCUCUGUUAGUUCUGUUACAUCCACUCAAAAUCUUAACGAAUCAUCGAAUCUGAACUCCAUGGAAAGGGAUUCUGUUCUUUGUGACCAUGAGUUUGAGGUUAUGGAAAAGGCUCUGCAAACAUGCCCAAGUGUUGGUGGUGAGGAAUUCGACCAUAGUGAUCCCAAGAGAAAGAGAUACAAGCCAGAGCCUGCUGAUGAAAGUAAGGCCUGCAAGCGCUGCAAUUGUAAGAGGUCAAAAUGCUUGAAGCUUUACUGUGAAUGCUUUGCUGCUAGUCUCUACUGCAUUGAGCCUUGUUCAUGUCUAGAUUGCUUUAACAAGCCUAUUCAUGAAGAUACUGUAAUGGAAACUCGCAGACAGAUCGAAUCUCGCAACCCACUUGCUUUUGCUCCAAAAGUGAUUAGAAGCAUUGACUCGGUUACUGAAUAUGGGGAUGAAAAUAACAAUACUCCAGCAUCAGCCAGGCAUAAGAGCGGAUGCAACUGCAGAAAAUCAAGCUGUUUAAAAAAAUAUUGUGAAUGCUUUCAGGGUGGUGUUGGAUGCUCUAUAAGCUGCAGAUGUGAAGGAUGUAAAAAUGCUUUUGGAAGAAAGGAUGGAGCUGAUGAAACUGAAGAAGAAGGGGAAGAAUCAGAAUCCAGUGAAAAGAAUGAAUCAGACAUAAACUCAACUGAUAAUGUGGUUAAGAAUGGUGAAGAGGAGUAUCCAGAUAUUGUGAUGAUACCUUCCGAUGUUACCAGGGGUAAACGCUCAGGAUCAUCUCUCUCCACUUUUGGUCCACCCAAACUGCCCACCAGCAUAAAGCUUCCAACAUCUAAUCAUCUCCAUCAGCCCAUGUUUGAAACACAUCUGCAGGUGGUUCCAGAAGAUGAGAUUCCCAAGAAUCUUGAAAGCGAUUGCACUCCUACUGGUGGUGUGCAGUUGCCCUCUCCAAACUGUAAGAGGAUUUUACCCACAGGAUCUUCAAAAUUAAGGUAUAGAACUAGGAGGUUGACUCUGAGACAGAUAACAUUCCCAUCAACCAGCCCAAGAGAAACUCAGUAAUCAAAAACCUAAAGUUUUUCCACAAAGAUGCUGAGGUUUCUUCUGGUUGUACUGAGUGUGAGCCAAUUAGCAGAUUCAACAUAUAAAACAAGAAUAUGCAUGCCUACCUCUGGUAGGUAUAGCAUCUUUGGGCUCCAACAUCAUAAUACUAUGUAGUUCCAUAAAUUUUAAUAUCCUGUAUCAUGGUAUGUCUUCAAUUGUACCAGUUAAAGAAACUCUAUGUUGUGUCGCUGUAUUAUUUCUGAGAUUUGUAUUCACAGCUCUCUUUAUA